GUCUCCAGCAACAGCAUACACAUGGCCUUCUCCUUUUUCUCUGGACUGCAAAUUCACGCAGGGAGACGUAUCCACGUACGCUGCGUCGUCCCUCACUGGAUCGCUGCACUUCAGGUAGCGGUGCUCCUUCUGAAACAAGGGCAUGGUCAGCAACAGCAUGCGCCUAAUGAUAAAAUUGUCCCCUUCCAUCUCUAUGACAGUGGCAAUAUGGUUGAGUUCCCUUCUAUCCCUGCUCUCGAAGGAGUAAGCCUCCGUGUCGAUGUCAUAAUCGAUGAAUUGCGCAUCUUAUCCACACAGGAUCCAGGAGGUUGUCUUCCCAGACUCUUUCUACAACGUCAUCUCUACAAUUCAUCCAUUUAUCCUUUAGAGUUUGAUGAUAUGCCCGACAAAAAUGUUACUUUCUUCAAUUGUUCUUCGCUUGGAUCACGAUACCUCAGAAACGAAGACUUUUCUACUCCAUUUGCACAAGAUAUGCUCGUCUGCCCGAUUUAUGCUGUUCAGUCCUAUGAUAGUAUCCUGAAGCAGGACCUAGCUUUCUGCACCAAGAUGUUUCAACUAGUUUCACCCAUUUCUGCAUUUUCACUUCAGGAAAACAUGUUACAAUUUAGAUGGCCACAACCAAAAUCCGACGUUGAAAAGCACAAAACCAACGCGAUUCCUGGAAUUGUUUUAGCAGGGUCAAUUGUGCUGCUGGUGGUGUUCAUUGCGUGCUUUUACAUAUACCGCUACUUCAAAGAGAAAGGAGACGAUCAAGUGAGAUUGGAAAAGUUUUUGGAGGAUUAUGAGGUGCACAAACCUACUAGAUUUUCUUACGCUGAUCUGAAAAGAAUCACAAAUCAUUUCAAGGAUAAAUUAGGUGAAGGAGCUCAUGGAGAAGUUUUUAAAGGCAAGCUAUCAACCGAAAUCCAGGUAGCUGUAAAAGUACUCAAUAAUUCAGGGUGCGAUGGCCAAGACUUCAUCAAUGAGGUGGGGACUAUGGGCAGAAUUCAUCACAUAAAUAUUGUUCGUUUGCUUGGCUUCUGUGCUGAUGGUUCUCGUCGUGCUCUUGUUUAUGAUUUCUUUCCUAAUGGUUCACUCCAAAAGUUCAUAUCUUCACCAGACAACAAAGAAAAUUUCCUUGGAUGGUUGAAGUUGCAACAAUUAGCUCUUGCCAUAGCCAAAGGGAUUGAAUAUCUUCAUCAAGGCUGUGAUUACCGAAUUCUCCACUUUGACAUUAAUCCUCGUAAUGUGUUGUUAGAUGACAAUUUUAUUCCGAAAAUUUCUGAUUUUGGUCUAGCCAAGUUGUGUUCUAAAAAUCAAAGUACAGUGUCAAUGACAGCAGCUAGAGGAACUUUAGGCUACAUUGCACCUGAAGUCUUCUCUCGAAAUUUUGGAAAUGUGUCAUAUAAAGCAGAUAUUUACGGUUAUGGAAUGCUACUUCUAGAAAUGGUUGGUGGGAGGAAAAAUGUUGACACAAAUCCAGGAACCUUUCAAGUGUUAUAUCCAGAAUGGAUCCAUAGUUUGAUUGAAGGAGGUGACAUAAGUAUCUACAUCGAAGAUGAAGGUGAUGUUAAAAUUGCAAGGAAACUAGCAAUUGUGGGGCUUUGGUGCAUUCAGUGGCAUCCAAUAGAUCGUCCAUCGAUGAAAACUGUAAUACAAAUGUUGGAAGGAGAGGUUGAUAAAUUAAGGGUGCCUCCUUCUCCAUUUGACUUUGCUACUUCAACUAAUACGAGUGUCGUUAUUCCUACGAGACGUUUGAAUUUAGAGUUAGAAGUGAUUCAUGAAUUCGAAUAAAUACUUGGGUGUGCAUGAAUAUAUAUAAUUUUACUUUUAUUGAGAGUAUUUUGUGAGAUUUGUAAUAUUAGUUUCAUGUUUAUCCAUAGAUGAAUCCAAUUAUUAUCUAUUCCCAUUCCA